AUGAGGGAGACAGUGCUUAACGAAACAACAAAAGGGGGGGGCUUUUGGGUCCCCCUGGAUGCAGCAGCAGACACAGCAGCAAAGCCAGCAGCAGCGCGGAGAGCAGCACCAAAGACAGCAGCAAAGACAGCAACACAAGCAGCAGCAAGAACAGCAGCAGCAAGAACAGCAGCAGCAAGAACAGCAGCAAAAACAACAACAAAAACAACAACAAAAACUCCAACAAAAACAGCAACAAAGAAAACAGAAGAUGCAGCAACACAGGCAGCAGCAGCAGAGACAGCAGCAAAGACAGCAGCAGACACAGCAGCAAAAGCAGCAACAAAGACAGCAGCAGGUACUACAGCAGAGACAGCAACAAAGACAGCAGCAGGUGCAGCAGCAGGAACAGCAACAAAAACAGCAGCAGGUAUAGCAGCAGACACAGCAGCAGACACAGCAGCAAAGACAGCAGCAAAGACAGCAGCAGACAGCGCAGCAGCGACAGCAGCACACAGCGCAGCAGACAAUGCAGCAGAGACAGCAGCAGAGACAGCAGCAGACAGAGCAGCAGAGACAGCAGCAGAUAGAGCAGCAGCGACAGCAGCAGCAGCAGCAGCAGCAGAAGCAGCAGAAGAUAUAACUGUCUCCUCUCCCCUACGACGGGCGCGGUGGGGGUCCCCUGCAGCAGCACUAGAAGCUCUGCUGGGUGCAGCAGCAGCACAGGGGGAGGAGGAGACAGAAGAGGAGGAGACAGAAGAGGAGGAGACAGCAGCAGCAGCAGCACCACCAGCACCAGCACCAGCAGCAGCACCAGCAGCAGCAGCACCAGCAGCAGCACCAGCACCAGCAGCAGCAGCAGCAGUAGCAGCAGCAGCAGCAGCAGAAGAGACAGAAGAAGAAAACACUGCUGCUGCGGCUGAUGUCCCCCUCAGCAUGCAGCUGAUGAUGCAGCUGCUGGAGGAGGACGAGGACCCCCCACCAACCCCACAGCAGGCUGGGAUCGCUUUUUUCGGGCCCCACAUCCGAUCCCCAGAGCCCCCGCCGUCUCCUGCUGCUGCUGAUGACCCCGCUGCUGCUGCUGCUGCUGCUGCUGCUGCUGCUGCUGGCUAUGGUAGCCACCUCGUUCCCUUCGGCCUCAAUAUGAAAGAACUAUACGGCAUCAAGGCGAAGCCCGCAGCAGCAAAAGUGCAGCAGCAACACCCCACACAUGCGGGAUCGGGAUCGGUACCAGCAGAUACUGCUGCUGCUCCUGCUGCUGCUGCUGCUGCUGCUGCUCCUACUGCUGCUGCUGCUGCAGCGGCAGAUGCAGAUGCAGAUGCAGCAACGAAGACCUCAGACACGCAAAAGAGCAGCAGCGUAACUAGCUCUUCCCCGACUACAGCUAGACGCAGGCAGCAGCAGCAGCAGGAGCAGCAGCAGCAGCAGCAGCAGCAGCAGCAGACUGGCUCCAGCAGCAGACAGCGAUCACCCGCAAGGAGUACAACCCCCCUCAAACGCAGUAACAGCACCGCUUCUCAGCGGAAGCCCUAA